UGGAAAAACAGGGGGGUGGAGAGAAAAUCCUGCCAGCUGUAGCUUGACUGGAGGGUUUCUCUGCCUGGUGUGGCAUUCACAUCCUAACGCUCAUGUGGUAACGUCCAACAUCGCUUGGCUUUCUCUGCACACUGGCCUGAUUCCAGGGAUCUGAAGUAGACUGGAAAGACACAGAGAGAGACAGAAAGUGCAUGUAUGCUGGAGAGAUAAGUUAGUUAAGAAGUAGGAGGGAAAAAGAACAGGUCCAGAGCAUAAAAGAAAAGGAGAAGCAGGUGAGAAAGGGAAAAGGGUAUCUAGAAGAACCAGUGGUGAAGAAAGGCUGAUUCGUAAACUACAAAUCCACUGACAUGGCAGCAAUGGAAGCACUGGAAUCCACAAGUGCCCAACUGGAGCCUCAAACCCUCACUGAGAUCUCAGACGAUGAGGUCAACCUUCCACCCUCAGACGAGGAGGAGGAUGCCCUCGCCGCAGCCAAGAAAGAACUGUCCACCAUGGGCACAGAGGGAGACGCCGCCGAAGACAAGGAUGAGACAGCGAAAGUGGACCAACAGGUGAACGGCGUCAUGGUGCUGUCUUUGCUUGACAAGAUCAUCGGGGCGGUGGACCAGAUCCAACAGACCCAGAGUGGGCUGGAGGCCAGACAGCAGGAGAUGGAGCGCUCAGUGACCACAAUUCAGGGUGAGCUGACCAAACUGGCCAAGAGCCACAACACGACGUCCAACAGCGUCAAUAAGAUGAUGGAGAAGGUGCGCAAGGUGAGCGUCAAUGUCAAGACUGUGCGCGCCAACCUGGAGAAGCAAGGAGGCCAGAUCAAGAAACUGGAGAACAACGAGGCUGAACUGCUCAAGAGACGCAACUUCAAAGUCAUGAUCUACCAGGAUGAAGUGAAGGUUCCCUCGAAGCUGAGCAUUUCCAAAUCCAUGAAGGUUUCUGAGUCUGUGACGGGAAGCAGAGGAGGCAGCCUGCUGGAGCUCAAGGAAGCUGCAGAAGAGGAGGAGGGAGGAGAAGAAGAGAAGGCAGACAAACCCCAUGUCGACCUCUCGUCAGAUGAGGAGGGAGUGGAGAUUGAGGAGACCAUUGAGGAGUCACGUGCUGAACGCAUCAAGCGCAGCAGCCUGCAGCGUGUACAAAACCUGAAGACAGUUUUCUCAAAGGAGAAGAUGGAUAAGACCAGAGCAAAGACCAAAGAGAACCUGGAAAGGACCAAACAAAAAACCAAGGCGAACCUGGAGAAGACAAAGCAGAAGACAAAAGAGAACCUGGAAAGGACCAGGCAGAAAACAAGGGACAACAUAGAGAAGACCAAGGAAAACCUGGAGAAGACACGCCACAACAUCGAGAAGAAAAUGGGAAAGCUUGGAAAUCGGAUGACUGUCAACCCCGAGCGGAAGCAGAAGAUGCAGACAUCCCGUGACAAGGUGAAGAAGGCCUUCACGCCAGAUCAUGUUGUUUAUGCCCGGUCCAAGACUGCUGUGUACAAAGUACCCCCCUUCACAUUCCACGUCAAGAAAAUCCGUGAGGGCGCAGUUGAGGUGGUCCAAGGCACCGAGAUGGUGGAGGUGUCCCAGGAAGCUGAUCCCUUCAGUGGGGCUGAUGGGGAGGUCGAGGAGGGUGCAGAGGAGGUUGAGAUGGAGAUGAUGAAUGGAGGUGGGGAUGAGGAAGAGCCUGAGGAGGAUGAAGAGGAGGACAGCCACGGUGUUCUGCAUGAGAAUGAAGACAGAGAUAGAGAAAGCGACUAGAAAAAGCAUAACAAAUUUGCCAAGAUCCUAACAAAAUCCCCGAGGUUCUUUUGUAAAAACUUAAUUAAUUGUGGCGAUUGGGAAGAUUGAUAAAGAAUAAUUAGGGUUGAUUACAACUUGGGUCUUUUUUUUAAUGAUUUUGACCAAUAUUCCUAUCAGUUACAAUAACUUUGUACACACAAGUAAUUACUGAGAUCUGGGAACGCUGCAUCAUUGCCUAAAGGUUAAUGGGUCAGUUAGAUGAUAAGACAUGAUCAACAAGCCAGCAUCUUGCUGUUUCCAGCAGCAAGCCAAUGUACAACAGCUAAAAGCUCUCAAAACCCACGGUAUGCUCCCUACUCAGCAGCAAAUAGCCUAUAGACACAGUUAGGACAUGCUGGUGAAGAAAAUAGAAAAAAGCCAGAUAUUUUUCUCAGGAGUUGGUGGAGACCAAAAGCAGAGCUAAAAGAGAGUGUACAUUGGUCUUACAUUUCCCAGGUGGACAAACACCACUUUAAAUGAAUGCUUAUGUUGCUUCAUAUCUGCUAUAUGUGUAAAUAGGCAACUGCUUGCUAACAAGUCAGCCAUAUCAUAGGAGGAUUACAGGUUUCAUUUCCUCCAUGUUUAUCUCCUCAACUGUACUUUGCAACUUUCCUUUCAGAUGGAGGUCCCUGAAGCAAAAUCUUAAUCACAUGGGGGUCUCUAUCCUAAUGUGUCAAGAACACGAAAAAGGUUGAGAAUCACUGGGUUAUGGCAUUCCCAAGCCCAUUCUCAUUCCGAACCAACACAUCCCGUCCGAAUGUGAUGUUAUUUUUCUACACAUUAACAUGUGCCUCCUUCCCCUUAUCCCAACCAUCCAUGACUUUGUUGCCAUUCCUCACCAUCCGUGCCAGCAUGUGCGUUUGUUGAUGUCCCAGUGCUUGUUGCCACGUGCAGUUGCAAGUGCAGUGUAAUCCUACUAUGUGCUUAUGUUUUGUGUUGACAUUGUGGUAGCAGCAUCCCGGAACAUAAAGAGCAGAUGCAAGAGGAUACCUAGAGUGUUAUAUGUAGACACAGAAGUCCACUGUGAAGCAGCAAUACAUUGCAACUUGGGUUGAGAGCGUGUUGUAUUCCCAUAUCUAAACAGUUAAGUUUGUCAUGACAGCGUUAUUAUUAACAAUAGGAACAAUUGCCAAAACUACAAAAAAGGGCCCAAAUUGGAAAAAAAAAAACAUCCAAAUGAUCAUUUAACAACAUUGGUUUCACAUUAUUUGACUGCAGGUUGUGUGCCUAUAAACGAAUAAAGGGCUUAAUUUAAAGCACUUAAUGAAAAUCUUUCCAUAUUUGCAAAAGCACUUCGAGGAUUGUUUAGAAUCCAUUUGUGUUUGGACAGUAUAGAUGGUUGUGAAAUUUCAAAGAAGAAAAUGGAAAGAGGACACUGAAAAUAACUUUGUUGUUGGCUUCUAAAGGGAGGUGGGGCGUUCGCAGAACUGACAAGAUCAAGAAAAUCAAGGGGACACCAUCACUCCCAUUGUAAGAAAGUAUCAUUUGUCAGCAUUUCCUUUUGCGUUUAAUUUUUUAAACCCAAAUCCCAAUCACUCACAGCUAGUGGGAUGAGCAUAUAGAAAUUAGUUUUCUCCUGUUCGCUGAAUUUCAGGAGUAUUUGUUAAACAUGAAGAAAAUGAUCUCAUGGACUGUUGAGCAACAGAUAGCCAAAUUAUUCAUAAACACACCGAGUACAUAAUCAUGCUUAAAAAGCUUAACUUCCUUUUAUCUAACAUACCACCCACACAUAAUGUGCCUUCCACCCCCUUUGUUGUUCAGCUGUUUAAAUACUGGUGUUAUCUUGCUCUUCUUAAUUUACUCAUUAUUAAGUGAUUCUGUCGUUCUAGGUUUUGAUGAGCUCACAGUUACAUAUGUGUGUAUGAUUUUUGUAUGUGAUCACAAUAUACACUUGGCUGAUGUCAUCUCCCUUUUUUAAUUACUGACAUACUGUAGCCCAGUAGUUGUAGUUUUAGCACUGCAAUACUCUUACACAACAUUUUGCUACCAAAGAAUAACCAGUACCCAUGAAAAUGAAGAUCUGCAAAACAUCAGGCAGAGACAACUCCCUUAAAGGUCCAGUACAUUUCACUCACUGAUGGUAUUCACUCGAUUUUCUCAUGAGAAUUUUCCUGUUUAAAUGUGUUAUGUGCUACUCUAAGAUGUGUUUCAGAAAUAAACUGAGAUAAGGACCAAUA